AUGCGACUCGAUCCAGAGACUACCCCGGAAGGACAUGGCCAACGGCUGCGCAAGCGCGGCCCGGAGAUCAUGACGGAAAAUGAGGCCGCUGCCCGAAUCAGCUCAAUAACGAGCGUCAGUGCCAGUACCGGUAGCACUCGCUCGUCCUUGACGGCAAAACCGUCAGCACCAGCGAUGCCUACAUCUUCAUCCAUCAGCGCACGGCGGGAAACCAACAUGCGCAUUGACACGCAAGACAGCGGUCAUGGCCGGAGAAACUUCAGAGACGAUGGCCAAGUAUCUCCCACAUCGACAACAGCUACCCAGGGUGACCUUUCGCCCUCAUCCUCGGCUUUCAGCUACACCGCCGCUCAAGAUCGUCGACCGAGCGACUUGUCCAAUCAUCGCCGCGACCUUGCCGUUCUUGAGCCGACGCGUUAUCACCAAUACUCCCCCCAGCAGCACUUGCCUCACCACAACCACUCUGGGGCCGGCCAGGGCUCCCAGCUUGCUGCGCAUUGGACGUCGUCCAACGCGCCCCCUCUUGCCUCUCCCAAGGGCUUGCCCACUAGCUUCUACAAUGACUCCAGCGAUAGCCUGUCCAUGGCCUCGCAGUUCUCGCCCGCUCUCCCAUCAAUCAUGGGUCGACCGGGGACUGGGUCCGGAUCCAUAAGCCAGGACUACGCCGACACUCUUUACAACAUGGAUGGAAGACGACCCUCAGUGGCUAGCAUAGUUACCACAGCCAGCAGCCAAGGCUCCAAAGCUAGCGUAAAUCGUGGUGGCUUCCGCAAACUUCAGGGCUUCUUCGGCGAGGAGUUUCCUGGCCGGGACAGUUCCGAAAGCAGCCUGCCCAAUUCGAUUCCUGGCAAGGAACAUCGUUCCCGAUCGUACAGCCAUGGUCGUCCGUCACAACGCGAUCGUCAGCACUCCAAUGCUACAGACCGGGAAGCAUCGCCUUCCUCUUCGAGACCGAGGACUCCAGUUCCCAAUCCAGAAGUUGUUCCUUUCCUCUUCCAGGAUAACACGGACAUCGCCCGGUACGGGGAAGCACCUGUACGCAAUAGUCUGACCGGUCCGGACCGAGAGCGAUACGUAUCAGAAGGCUCGACUCAGCAUCCCCCCAAAUCCUCGUCCUCUGCGCGGUCUGGCCCAGGCUCGCACCACCUGCAUGGUCAUCACCACCGCCAAAAUAAGAGCAAUGAAGACCCGAGAUCCUUGAGAGCGACCUGUAGCAGAGAAGACUCGUUCGCCGCUCAGCACCACUCGCGAGACCGGGGACCAUCCGCCGGGAUGUCUAAUCAGCGAUCUCGAGCGCAAAGUCCGACACCCAGCGCAAACAGCGGUCGGCCUGGCUCUAGAGGAGGUUACCAUGCGGACGGCUCAACAUCUCCUGUUCACCAUGGAAAGCGGGGAAUCUUGGGCCGUCUGCGGCGGAAUAAGGACCGGGAUGAUGGCUCUACGAGGCUCCGAGAUCUACCGCAGUCUACCAAGUCGUUGCAGACCAAGUCGUCCAGGGCAGAGUUCCCUCGUCCCGACAUGCCCCCGCCGGGAUAUUAUCCAGGCACUCCUGAGCCAGGCGAUGGUCAGGAUCCACGAAUCGGAGCCAACCGUACGGCAACUUUUAACAACAAGUUGCCGUUUUCGAAGAAGACCAGAGGCCAGAGACCUUCUGACAACAAUGACGAACACAUUGGGCCCACGGAACAUAAAGAUUCCGCCGGCAACGUUUACCAUCUGGACACCAAUUUGAACGACAUGGAGGGCAUCUUGACGAAGCCUCCGUUGCUGACACCCAUGGACUUGUCCUUCAUCAACAAUAUCGAUGCCGAUAGAAGGGAAUCAACCGUUGAUGGCCCAAAAGGUCGCUGGGACGCUCCUGACAGCUGGGCGGUGCGCAGAAACACAGAGGACAAUUCCGAAAACGCGCCAGACAUGGAUGAAGUCGGAAGCCCUCCGCGACCCGACGAGAAACUGUCGUCGUACUUUAUUCGAAUAUUCCGAUCUGAUGGGACAUUUUCAACGCAUCAAAUGGAUCUAGACUCGACAGUCAUUGACGUUAUAUCUCAGGUGAUUAAAAAGACCUACGUGGUUGACGGCCUCGAGAACUAUCACAUCAUCAUGAAGAAACACGACCUCAUUCGCGUGCUGGGUCCAGCUGAACGACCGCUUCUGAUUCAGAAAAGGCUUCUGCAACAGGUUGGCUACGAGGAGAAGGAUAGACUUGAGGAGUUGGGACGAGAGGACAAUGGAUACCUCUGCCGCUUCAUGUUCUUGUCUGCGCGAGAGAGCGAUUUCCAUGCAAAGACGAUGGAUUUGGGCAUUUCCCGCACGCAAAAGCUCAAUUACGUCGACCUUUCUGGGCGCAACCUCGUCACCAUCCCUAUUUCUCUGUAUCUCAAGGCGGCCGACAUCAUAUCCCUCAACAUGUCGAGGAACCUGUCUCUUGACGUACCACGAGACUUUAUACAGUCUUGCAAACAACUUCGAGACAUCAAAUUCAACAACAACGAGGCAAGGAAACUUCCGCUCAGCCUGGGCCGCGCCUCAAGGCUCACGUACUUGGAUGUUUCCAACAACCGACUGGAGCAGCUGGAACAUGCCGAAUUGGAUACACUGACUGGAUUACUCAAGAUGAAUCUAGCGAACAAUCGGCUGACCCAUCUGCCCCCUUCUUUUGGAGCUUACCAGGCGUUGCGCAGCUUGAACAUUUCUUCAAACUUUCUCGACAAGUUCCCUCCAUUCCUGUGCCAGUUACACAGCUUGGUGGACUUGGAUCUGAGUUUCAACGGGAUCUCGAGUCUUCCGGACGAGAUUGGCAAUUUGAAAAACCUGGAAAAGCUUCUAAUCACUAAUAAUAGGCUGGCCGACGAAGUGUCAGAAGGGUUUCGCCAGUUGCUGAGCCUGCGUGAACUGGACAUCAAGUAUAAUUUCAUCACGAGCAUUGACAUAAUCUCGGAACUGCCCAAACUGGAGAUUCUGACUGCGGCUCAUAACCGCAUUUCGUCAUUUGUGGGCAAGUUUGAAGUCAUUAGGCAGUUGAAGCUCAACUCCAAUCCUCUCAACAAGUUUGAAAUCACGGAAGCUGUGCCGACUCUCAAGACUCUGAACCUGUCACACGCCCAACUGGCAAGCAUUGACUCUGCUUUUGCCAACAUGGUUAACCUGGAGACGUUGGUGCUGGAUAGGAACUACUUUGUUUCCCUGCCUCAGCAGAUUGGCACGUUGAGUCGCUUGGAACAUUUCAGCAUCGCUCACAACUCCGUGGGCGAAUUGCCGCCGCAGGUCGGUUGCCUGACGGAAUUGCGCGUCUUGGAUGUCAGAGGGAAUAACAUCUCCAAGUUGCCUAUGGAGAUCUGGUGGGCCAACAAGCUAGAGAGCUUCAACGCGUCCUCCAACGUGCUGGACGCUUUCCCCAAGCCUGCGUCAAGACCUCCACGGGUCCCCGGCGAGGAUUCAUCAGGACCGCCUUCCGUGCCGAAUGGUAAGCCUCUACCAGCAAACACGAUGCCGUCAACUCCCAGCUCGGAAGAGCUUGACGACGAACGUCGCCCCAGCCAAGCCUCGAGUACGUUGCUCAGCGUCGGCCCGUCGCCGAUACUGGGCGGCGCCGACAGAAAAAGUUCGGUCGUGUCUGUCUAUGGGAAAGGAGGACGGAAGACAUCUGUCGUAUCUCGGGCAGCGUCACAAGCCACCACCAACUCUUCCACCCCGCCGCCCGCUGCCACUAGGAAGGACUCUGGUCUUUCUUCCAGGCUCACGAACACUUUCGCAGGGUCUCUGCGUAGCCUCUCCCUGGCCGAUAACCGACUGGACGAUGAUGUCUUCGACCAGAUCACUCUGCUGUCCGAAUUGCGCGCGCUGAAUCUUUCGUACAAUGACGAGAUCAGCGACAUGCCUCAGAGAUCGAUCAAGACUUGGCCACAGCUUGUUGAGUUGUAUCUGUCGGGCAAUGGCCUCACUUCACUGCCCGCUGACGACCUGGAGGAAUCGAGCCUUUUGCAAACACUCUACAUCAACGGCAACAAAUUCACCAACCUCCCGGCUGAUAUUUCGAGAGCCAAGAAGCUCGCGGUGCUGGACUGUGGGAACAACUACCUCAAAUACAACAUCUCAAACGUCCCAUACGAUUGGAACUGGAACCUAAACCCUAAUCUUCGAUAUCUCAAUCUUUCGGGCAACAAGCGGCUUGAGAUCAAGCAGACGACCUGGGGAGGCCCGGAUGGACCCGGAGCUAUGAACCGUGAACAAUAUACAGACUUUAGCCGACUUUCAAACCUGAGAAUACUCGGUCUCAUGGAUGUGACCCUGACGCAGCCCAGCAUCCCCGACCAAAGCGAAGAUCGAAGAGUGCGAACCUCGGGGUCGUUGGCUGGACAUCUCCCAUACGGCAUGGCCGAUACCCUUGGCAAAAACGAGCACCUGUCCACCGUGGAUCUCGUCGUUCCGCGGUUCAACUCGUCCGAGACGGAGAUGCUCCUGGGCUUGUUUGACGGACAAGCCCUGUCAAGUGGUGGUUCGAAAAUCGCCAAGUUCCUGCAUGAGAACUUCGGGCACAUCUUUGCCAUGGAACUCAAAUCGCUGAAGAACCGCCCGGACGACACGCCUGCCGAUGCACUGCGAAGGGCGUUCUUGGCUCUGAACAAGGAUCUCGUCACCAUUGCCGUCCAACACGCUGAAGAAAGGCCCAAGACGUCUCACAGGGGCUCGGCGCAACCGGUCGUUCUCAGCAAGGAGGAUCUCAACUCGGGUGGUGUGGCGACCGUUGCGUACUUGCGCGGCACGGAGCUCUACGUCGCCAACGUCGGUGACGUUCAGGCAAUGGUGAUCAAAACGGACGGUAAACACGAGAUUCUCACCCGAAAACACGACCCGGCCGAGCCUUCGGAAAGGUCGAGGAUAAGAGAAGCUGGAGGAUGGGUCUCCCGCAACGGUAGGCUCAACGACUUGCUUCAAGUUUCUCGAGCGUUUGGCUACGUCGACUUGAUGCCUGCCGUCCAGGCCGCCCCGCAUGUCAGCAACAUGAAGAUCGAGGAGCAGGACGAGAUCAUUCUCAUGGCCACCAGCGAGCUUUGGGAGUAUCUGUCUCCUGGGCUGAUAACCGACAUUGCCCGAUCCGAGCGCCAGGACCUCAUGAGGGCAGCGCAGAAGCUGCGUGAUUUUGCCAUGGCGUACGGUGCGUCGGGGAAGAUCAUGGUCAUGAUGAUUAGCGUUGCGGACCUCAAGCGCAGAGUUGAGCGAUCUCGCCUUCAUCGCGGCACGAGCAUGUCCUUGUAUCCUUCAGGCAUCCUAGACGACACCCAGGUGUCAUCCACCCGACGAGCCCGCAGACCAAAGGGCGAGGUGCUGGAUUCCUCGCUUAACCGGCUGGAGGCUGAGAUUCCAGCCCCAACCGGCAACGUGUCCAUAGCAUUCACGGAUAUCAAGAACUCGACGACGUUGUGGGAAAUGUUCCCUAGCGCCAUGAGAUCAGCCAUCAAGCUGCACAACGAGGUUAUGCGGCGACAGCUGAGACAAAUCGGGGGAUACGAAGUGAAGACGGAGGGCGACGCAUUCAUGGUAUCGUUUCCCACAGCCACGUCGGCCCUCCUUUGGUGCUUCGCAGUCCAGAUGGAGCUGCUUGAUGUCUGCUGGCCCUCGGAGGUGCUGAAUUCAGCUUCCUGCCAACCGAUCCUGGACAAGGAGGGGAACCUGAUUUUCAGGGGCUUGUCGGUGAGGAUGGGUAUACAUUUUGGGGACUGCGUGAGCGAGACCGAUCCCGUGACGCGCCGCAUGGACUACUUUGGGCCCAUGGUGAACAAGGCGUCGAGGAUCUCGUCGGUAGCAGACGGGGGCCAAAUCACCGUCUCCUCGGACUUUAUAUCCGAGAUUCAAAGAUGCCUUGAAAAUUACCAGGAUACGGAACGCAACAACUCCGCCGGGUCUGACGAUGCCUUUGAGGAUGAUUCGAUUGCUACUGCUAUACGGAAAGACUUGAGAUCCCUCACCUCUCAAGGUUUCGAGGUCAAGGAGAUGGGCGAGAAGAAGCUCAAGGGACUGGAAAAUCCCGAAGUCGUGUACUCGUUGUACCCGCAUGCGCUGGCCGGGCGAAUCGAGCAGCACCAGCAGCAUGAGCAGCGACGCGACGAAGGGCCGGAGAAAUUCGCCGUUCUUCCUUCCGGAGCCGAACUUUCCUUUGACCCAGAAAGCAUCUGGGCGCUGUGGAGGAUCGGCCUGCGGUUGGAAAUGCUAUGCAGCACUCUGGAGUGCGUGAGAGAGUCUGGCUUGCAGCCUCUGGAGACUGAGCUUCUAGAAAGAGUGAAGUCAAGAGGAGGAGAGGUUACGGAACGGUUCCUGAUACAUUUUCUGGAGCAUCAAGUGAGCAGAAUCGAGACAUGCAUCUCGACGCUUGCCGUGCGUCAUAUUGCUCACGGACGAGGACCUCUGCGCCGACUUGACGAUUUGGCCGGUCCGAUGGCUCUGAUUCUUGACUCUUUCGUGCAGCAACAGCGAGAGCUCGCGCGCUACAGGCAGACGUACGGAGAGCUGCCACCUCUGGACGAUGCAAACAGGAUGGCGACUCGGCCUGAUGCCAAGGGGACGGAUGACACUGCCGGCGCAGAUUAA